UCUAAUCCCUCCCUCAUCCUUCUUCUAGCGGACUUUCCCAGUUCUCGCUUCUCCCUCCCAGUAAAAUCAUUCGCCUAGACUCAGCUGCACAGUUUUCUCAUCAACCAUUUGGUAGCUUACAGUGUAUCUGUGCCCACACACCCGAACAGCAGUCGAUGAAAGAAUGCGUUGGAUGAAGUAGUUGUGGCGCAGCGAACGGACUGGAAGACAGACUUCUCCAAGAAUACUUCUUUACGCACACAAAGGAUGCGCGCGCCAGGAUAUGGCACUGCGAGCAGGGAGAAGAUAAAUAGUCCUCCAACAGAAUCCUGUCAAGGGGGACUAGUUGAAAACCAACAGUGAAACGCAUGGCUGUGGUCUUCUUUUUGGAUUUAUGUGUCUUGACCUGUAGCAAUAUCGGAUCUCCAUUUUCUUAUUUUUUCCUGUUUGCUUUGCUAUCGAAGAUUUCCGGGGAAGCUACAUGAUGAGAUGGACAGUCUUUCUGUUAGGCUACUUGUUGGUCAAAGUUAUGGCACUGCUGUGCUCCGCGGACGGUGCACAAGGACAGGAGAUGGAGGGCUUUAUAAUGAUAACGGGGUCUAACGGCUCUAGAGAUGAGGAGAACGUCGUUACAGAAGCCCCGCAUUCAGAGGAUAAAUGCCGCGGAUACUACGACGUGAUGGGUCAGUGGGACCCGCCGUUCGUUUGCGAAACGAACGACUAUUUGUACUGCUGUGGCACCUGUGGCUUCCGAUUUUGCUGCGGGCUCAAAGAAUCCCGUUUGGAUCAAAGCACCUGCACAAAUUAUGACACUCCAAAGUGGAUGUCAUCUGGUCAAACUCCAUAUAAGAAGGCAAUUCCAAGUCAGGAUCGGACCAAGGACAGUACAAACUUUAUUGUGUAUAUCAUAUGUGGAGUGGUUGCAAUCAUGGCACUUGUCGGGAUAUUUACAAAACUUGGACUUGAAAAGGCACAUCGACCCCAAAGAGAAAAUAUGUCUAGAGCCGUAGCAAGCGUCAUGCAGAGUGCCUGUUCAGCAGAACAUGAAGGGGCCAUUGCAAUGCACGCCCAGCACUAUGACACCAUGCAAGCAAGGGCUAGCAACUUACAAGGCGGGCAGAUCAACAACAGCGUGCCCCAGCAGCACCCGUAUCCUGUGCUAAGCCAGAUAGCACCCAUGUAUGAGCAGCAGCAGCCUGGCAAGGAGCUCAACAAAUACGCCUCCCUUAAAGCUGUCGCGGAUAGAGCCAAUGGUGACUUCUACAACAAACGCCGCCAUAUGUCCGAAACAGCAUCAAAGGGAAGCCUGCCCCUUCAUCCCAUGCGGAUGGAGCUCCAUGAACCUACAGCCAAGUACAUCACCGAGAUCCCCUGCUCCAAGCAGAAUGGACAGAAGCCCAAGAGCAGCAAAGUACAUGGAUCUGGAGCUGGACCGGGAACAGGACAAGGACCUGGAAUGGGAAUGGGAAUGGGAGUAGGUUUGGGUGGAGGAGGACAAGGAAUGGGGUCAGGGAUGGGCCAAGGAAUGGGAGGAACGUUAGGACCAAGAAUGGGGUCAGGAAUGGGAUCUGGAAUGGGAGGAACGUUAGGGCCAGGGAUGGGUUCUGGAAUGGGUUCUGGAAUGGGUUCUGGAAUGGGAGGAACAUUAGGGCCGGGAAUGGGGUCAGGAAUGGGUCAUGGGAUGGGAGGAACAUAUGGACCGGGAAUGGGGUCUGGGAUGGGAGGAACUUUGGGACCAGGAAUGGGGUCUGGAAUGGGGUCUGGAAUGGGUCAGGGGAUGGGUCAGGGGAUGGGUCAGGGGAUGAGUCAGAGGAUGGGGCCAGGGAUGAGUGGAACAUUAGGACCAGGAAUGGGGACCGGGAUGGGAGCAGCAAUGGCAGCAGGUGCAGGGAUCGGAGCAGCAAUGGGAGGGACAUUAGGACCAGGAAUGGGUUCGGGAAUGGGAGGAGGCAUGGGAACGGGAAUGAGGUCAGGAGGGCGGUCUGGCGGGGCGUCAGGUAUGCACACGCUGACCUACAGCUCCAACACCAUAGCCACCCCUGGCAUGCUCAAGGGCUGGGACGGGACAGAGACGGUGGGCCGGCGCAAGAUCUACGGUCCCCGCAAGUCGCAUCCGGUGGACCAGCCGAACGAGCUCCACACUGCCCGCAGCCACCACUACCUACCGACCCAGCCCUACUUCGUCACCAACAGUAAGACGGAAGUAACCGUAUGAGAAGAGGGCACCCAUGUGGUUCUCUGCAGAGAAGUACAGCAGUGUUCCCCAAUGGGCCGUCUGUCUCUGUCCAGGGCAUAUAUGUGCACAGCAGCGCCUUCCAGUGGAUGGGAGGGGGUGGCGGUGGGAGGCGAACAUGUUUUUUUCAUGGUUGUCAGUCAACGGCGUCCAGGUUGUGGAGAAUAAAGAGUUAACUGUCUGUGAGAACCUUGACUAGAAUCCAAUUCCACAGUGUCAGUGAAUUAUCAACACGGAUAAGGAAUUAUUAGAGGAUUCAGUGGGAUUGCCAUUGACUGUAUGGAAAUAAUUUACACAAGCAAUACAUAAAAAUUCAUAGGACCGUGUCAAAGCAAUGGCAAAAAUGGCAAGACUCAAAGGACUGUAACAUCAUGCCCGACUGUAAGGAACAAUCAUGGAACUCCACUUAACCAAUAGCAACCCUCUCUCACCAGUUUUAAGGGGCCAUGUAUUCAUAUUAUGCCCUGUGUGUGUAAUCCUUUAAACAGAGACACAAAUUCUCUGAAAUCUCUGCAUGGACAAACGGUGUUCACUGCCUCUAGACGCACUGAAAUGCUGGUGGGAGCCCAGUGCGGUGGGUGGACGGCAGCCGAGGCCGGUUUCUGGCCCGCGGGAUGUGCCAGUGACCCCUGGUCUGCGUAAAAACAACUCGACAGUGGGCUCCACUCCCUGGACGUUUGGGCUGUCCGUCUUCUCGUAGCUACCGUGUUGCUGUCCAACAGACGAUCACAGACCAAGACUGCAGAAGCUUGGUCAAUCAAUGGUUAUCUAUGGCCAAACUGUGGGCUUGCUUACAAACAUGCCUUGCCAUUCAUUGUUUUCUCUCUCUCUUUCUAUCUCUCUCUCUCUCCGAACCCCCCCCAUCUCCUACUGCUUGCCCUGACAGACCUCUUUCUGAUUCAUUUUGUUAGACCCACCCAACAGAGAGCUGAUUAAUGUCAGUGCAAGAGGAUAUUUUUCAUUCGGUUUAGCAUUUUCAACCCGGGUUGUGAAAAACCUCAUUUAGGCAAAGAGGAACCCGCUAUUCCGGAGACACUGAGGUGAAGCGAGAGAGUGAAGCCAGAAAAUUAUCUUCUUUCCCAGAAAAACUUGCAGCUCCCAUGCCCAGAUAUUUUUCAAUUUACAUCAAGCAGGUCCAUGAAUUGCACACAACACAGAAAAAUGUCUGGCGAAGAGUUGUGUUAUAGUAGUGUGUUUUGUUUUGAUAUCCUUUUAAUACUGUUUAGCCUGUUAGCCUCAUUCAAAUGAGAGAGAGAAUGUGAUGACGCUGCCUCUCUGACGCUGUCUUUGAGGCUGCUAAGAUGCAAGUGACUGUCUAUAAGUGUACAUUCUAGAAGUUGACCAGUCACAAUUAAGCGUUGAACUUCUGUCUGCAUAAUGUGUGUGGUUGUUUUGAAUAGCAUUCAGUGCUGUCCCACAUGCUAAUUCUCACUGUGAUAGCUAAAAAAAACACUCACACACAGGUCACGGUGUCUGUGAUCUUCACCAAUAGGCUUAAUCCACAGACUGCGUAAUUAAGUUCAAUGAUGGCCAAUCUAGACCCAACAAUGUGCAUAUCUGGGAUGCUUGACCUGUCUGUGCCGCCCUGAGACUAGAGGGAAGUGUGGAAUUACAUGCGUCUGGGAUGAGAAUUCAUGGUGUGCUCCCAGAAACCCCCACCCUUCUGACAGGGCUGUGACUGACCACAAUCCCCAGUCUGUGGUGCAUUCCAAAACGGGCAGCCUUCAAAAAGCGCAGAGGAGGUGCCAUUUUAACGCUGUAACUGCCAUUUGCCAUUUUGUCACUUUGUCAAAUUCAGCUCUGAUUGAAUUCUAGCACAGCAUAGCACAACUCUAUACUUGUCAUACCUGUCUACUGUGGCAUGUUUUUUUUUUGUUUGUUUGUUUGUUAGAUUGCUGCCGCAUGUAGCUGAGAGGCGCCAGUAGAAAAUGAAAUACUUAAAUGGAGUACACCUGGAUGGAAAUUGCCAAAGAGAUUCUGAUUUUACCCUCCCAAACAUAAUUAAGGGUUAGUGUUAAUUUUUUUUAGUCAUAAUCACAGAAUUCAUUGAUUAAAAUAAUUAAUCCUGGGUUUAGUUUAAUUGUUUUGUUUAGAACGGCAUUGUGCCAAUCAAAUUAAGCCUUCCAAUUUGGAUCUGAUUUAGAGUUUUUGCUGAGAAGAAAAAAAAAUGAAAAUGGAAGCUCCAUUAUUUCACACUGUGCAGAAGUUCUGGCUGAAAAAAGGCGAGUAAGGAACGAGCGGUUGACUGAUUAAGGCCCAGGCUUUUUCAGAAGCAAAUGGAAGUUGGCUACGCCAGCCCCCCAUCUGGCUCCCAUUCACCUCAGCCCAGGUGCCAGGCAUGGGUGGUGCUUGAGUGGGCCCCACUUCUGGAGAGGCCUUCGAGCGGCGCCAGAAAUCAAAGUUUCUUCUCAGCUAGAGGCAGGCAAAUGGUGCAAGUGAAGGUGCAAGUGACCUAAUUAGCUGAAUCAGGCUCAUUCUUUUUUGCUCUCGCUCCCUCUGUCGUGUGCUCUGUUAAAGAGUGGGCUCAUUUCCAACUGGGGUUGUUCAGCUCAACCUUACUCAAGUCUCAAGUCUUACUGACUAAACAUGUGUUGAGAGUAGUGGCUUAUGGUAUCUGCUUUUGGUAUUUUCUUUGUUUUAGCCUGUAUCAAAUCUCUCUGGCCUAAAAACACAAAACCCCAAAUUAUUAUUGUAUUGAAUUGUUACUCUGUAUGGAUAGGCAUGAGACUUUGAGGCACUGUACAUUGAAGAAAAUGUGUCUAACAUAAUAAUAAAAUAAUUAAAACUAAAGAAAUUUUUUUUUACAAAAGAACAUGUUAAGGGCAACAGUUUAGCACCUUGUGGACUCACCCUGGGCAUGGUGACAUUUUUCUAGUGACAUGGAACACAGUGAUGCAGGGUUGUGGUAUGAGUGCAAAUGUUAGAGACUCUGAUGGGUUGAUUAUUCUUUUAUAUACUGAAAGGCUGCAGAAUACAUUUAAUGUGUCUAAAUCCAUCGUUUCGAUUAUGUUAUUGUAUCGUGAAGUAUCUCGGCAUUUGGUCACUCAGCUGAAAGUGAAUACAGAGAGCAAUGAGUGAUCAGAUGAGGUGCUCGUUAGUCAUUCAGCUCCCCCUCGCCAAGACAUGGCACAGAGAAGCAGGACAAAUGGUCCACUGAUGGCAAGAGAUCUCCACCGGGGCGAAAUCAAGCUCCCUUGUUCUGAUCCUCAGAGUGGGGCGAAGCCCACAGACAAAAAUCAUAAUUUGACUCACAGCAGAGAAAGCAAAAACACAAUCUGUCCCUUUUAGGGUUCCGUACAGCACAUCCCAAAUCCCACAGCAGUGAAUUUUGUGGGUGUUUAGAUAAAACUAUACCUCAUGGCAUCUCUGGUCCUUCUGAAGUUGAAUGUAGUGAGUCUAUAUCACCAUCUCUUUUCUGUCAGGUAAAUGUCAUGUCAAACCAUCAGCUUUUAAAGUCCUGCUUGCCUGUGACGCAUAUAGGUGAUCACUCCGGUGAUUUUUUUUGUUUCCAUCACAACAUGCAAUGGAUGGAUUGAACGAGAUUAUGUCUGAAGUAACACAACUGUAGUAUGCGAUGGAUUGAACGAGGUUAUGUCUGAAGUAACACAACUGUAGUAUGCGAUGGAUUGA